GUCUUAUAACCCUGAGCACAUUUGUGGUGCUGGUGGACGCAACUUGAACCAAACUUACUCCACCAGCUUCUCGUCUAGUUUGAUUGAGGAAGAAGUUCGCAAAAAUCCUCACAAGAAGCCCAAGCAAAUUGCUGCUGAUUUCCAGACCAACUAUGGGAUCAACAUGGAGUACUACCAGGCAUAUAAUUCUAGGGAAAAGGUUUAUGAUACGAUUUAUGGCGACGAUGUCAAGUCCUACUCGCACUUGGUAUGGUAUAUUGAUGCUAUAAGGGAAACCAACCCUGGUAGUGUGAUAAAGUUUGAAAGUGAAAAUAAACAGUUCCAGCGGAUUUUCAUAUCAUUUGCUGCAUGCAUCAAAGGGUACCGGUUUUGUCGUCCAAUGGUAUACUUGGAUACUACUUUCCUUACUGGUACAUUCAAAGGUUGCUUGAUGGCAGCUACUGGGAUCAAUGGUGGUAAAGGAUUUUCCCCCCUUGCUUUUGCACUAGUCGAUUCUGAGACGAUCGAUAACUGGGAGUGGUUUUUAAGGAAUUUGAAAUAA